AUGACAGACGACGCAGAAGGUAGCGCGUUAAAGGGCAUUGCUGCGCUCCCACCAACGACAGUGCGCCAGAUAGGUUCUCACCAAUUGCUCACUGAUCCUAGCUUAGUCGUCAAGGAGCUGAUCGACAACGCUCUCGAUGCACGCGCGAAGAGCAUAUUCGUUGAUCUCACUGCUAACACCAUCGACUCAAUUCAGGUCAGGGACGACGGCCACAGCAUUUCCAAUGAGGAUAGAGCGCUCGCCUGCCGUCGCUACCACACCAGUAAGAUCAGGGACUUCCACGAUCUGAAAGAGGUAGGAGACAAGUGGCUUGGGUUCCGCGGUGAAGCUCUUGCGAGUGUAGUCGACAUGAGCGGUCCCGUGUCUAUCACCACUCGUGUGGAGGGUGAGCCUGUAGCCGUGAAGCUUACUUACCAGCGCAAUGGCGAACUCACUUCUACUGUGCGCGACUCCCACCCCGUCGGAACAACAGUCAAAGUCACCAAACUACUAGAGACGGCAAGAGUACGGAAGGACCUAGCCAUCAAAGGUGCACCAAAGUGCCUCGCGAAGAUUCGACGUCUGAUGCAGGCAUAUGCACUUGCGAGACCAGCCAUUUGGUUCAUACUGCACGUUUUGAAGGCAAAGAACAACAAAUGCGACUUUGUCUAUGCACCGAAAGCCAGCGCCAACGUCGAAGAUGCCGCUCUCAAGAUCAUCGGUAAAGAGUGCGCUCUGCAGUGCGACUGGACAGCACUGCAGUUGGACGGCUUCGAGUUGCACGCGUUCAUGCCAAAGUCCACUGCGGCUGGGUCGAAGAUCGCGAACCACGGCGCUUUCAUCUCAGUCGACUCCAGACCGGUGUCUUCCACUCGAGGUACUCUCAAGAAGAUUGCAGCAGCUGUCAGAGACAGGCUGCGCAAGGCUAAUCUCACACUCACGAAUCCAGCGAAAGACGAUGUUGUCUUUGGUGAUGAGAAAUUUGUGCUUUCGACGGUGGGCAGACUGCUCGUCUCCUACUACCCAGAGAACAUCAACAGCGCAGAACCCACUGAAGACCCCGAGGACAUGGCAAUCUCAAAGCCAGAUCAAAAGCCCGAGGUCACGGAGCAGUCGCCACAACACUCUAGCCAACCCCCGGGCUGGAGGUCGAGCAUGUACGGUAUUGAUGAGGAAGACCUUGAGUUUCUGCAAGAGCACGUGCCUGACAUAGUCGAAGAGGAAGAAGGCCGGCGUGAUACGGCCAUCUCCAACCCAUUGACCAUCGCCCGCAUGAACGCGCCUAUCAAGCCUCGGAAGCCUGUCGGUAAUGGGCAAUUACUGAGCCCCGCAAAGAGUCAGCGUGAGACAACUACAGACCCUCAGUCAUCUGUACCUGCAGCCAUGCCACAACAGUCGAGGCUCACGGAGCCACUGUCUCCUCGGACCCCAUCACAAGUCAACAUUGAUAGUAUUAGGCUUGACGAGGAGCUGCAGCAGAGCAUACAACACUUUACAGAGCUGCCUUUUCCGGGCCCAUCUACACGUGUUUUCAACACUGGCCCGAGGACACAUCGUGCUCGUGAUUUGCCCUCGUUCGAGGAGCGGAUGCUCGACUGGGACGGCGACAGCACGGAUACGGUCGAUGCUUUCGCCACCGCUAUCGACGAGCGCAGGAUCAUGCAGUGGGUGAUGGUAGUCGAUGACCUGCUGGCUGAGGUCUUUGACAGAAGAGACGUGGAGGUCAGGGGUGCGCUGCAUGAAGGUAUCCAGCGGCUCCUCGACUUGCGCAAGGACGAAGCGGAGACGGCCCCCGAGAGUGCUGCUGUUGCUGUUGCUGUUGUGGUUGCGGACACGCCAGUCCCAGACGUCGUCGGUCGCAUCACUGGGGUGAGCAGCGUGGGUGGAGAAGGUGAGGGGAGCGUUGCAGCUGGUAACAGCGUGGCUGAGACGGAUGGGCUCGAGGCCGACUUGGACUUUACGCCGUUGGUCAAUCUGGACCGCGAUGAGGGAGGGCGCGGCGUGUCUGGGCAGGUUGUCGGGACCGGGGAUGCCUUCGGCGAUGGUGGUGAGGACGAGAUGCUGAUGGAUCUGUGA